AUGACAUACGUCCGCCGGGACUCUGGGCUCCUGGUGGACUAGAGACGGCUAUCACUAAUCCGAGACAUCCUAUGGCUUACGGUCAAUAAUAUCACAAUAGUCAACUUCUACCGCCAAAACGAUGAUAGCGAUGCAUUGGAUACCCUACUACAAUGACCCGUCCCGGACCGUUGCCUUGUGGCAGGAGGCUUCAACGCCAAACACCAUACAUGGCAGACGGGCCGGCCAUCAGACCGGGGUAAUGAUAUCGCCUCUUGGGCAUCGGAAAACAAUCUCAGCCUACUGAACACCGCUGAUAUACCCACGAACCCGCACGGCAACACCAACGACCUCGCCUUUACGAAUAUAUGCCCCUUGCUGAAGCCAACGUUGAAGACCACCUAGCCACUAGCUCCGACCACUUCACGCUCAGCUUAAUGUUCCCUGAUAUCAGCUUGGCUCCAACACAACCUGGCAAAGUUUGCCUUACGACUGACGAUGUGGUCUACAAGACGCAACUAGACAAAGCCAACGCCCUCCGCCGUGCCACACUAGAACGUCGCACCACAGAGGAUGAUAUCCCGGACCCUUGGAUUUCAGUCAACCCCC